UCCUAGAUUCAGAUUCCAAAAGACCGCCAACAAGGCUUAAAUUGUGUCUAUAUUUUCUCUUUAUUUACAAUAAAAGAAAAAAAGUUUUGGAAUUGUGUAUUUGUAAAUAAUAAGGGAAUGUCAACUUUUGCACACACACACGCACAUAUCCUUUUUGUUAGUGCGUAGAAGGUUGUCAAAUAUAAGGUCUUUAAUUUUUUUUAUUUUAUUUUUUUUCAUUCUUGCUUUUUCCCUUGUUUUUCAUUUGUAAUGAAUUUGAGCCAAUUUCCCUUUGAUCAACUGUCGCCUCAGUUUAUACCAUUUCAGUACAACAAUAAACAUAAUAAUCAUGACAACAAUAGCAGUAACAGCACACAGCCAAGUAUUAUUCAGCAUCCAAAAUCUAUAAGAAGUAUAACAGUUGAUCGAUGUUCGAAUUUUGUAACUUCUGGUGUCAAUGGCAGUGACAUCAACCUUCUUUCUCAACUAUAUAAAGCACGAACUGACUCAGAGGAAUACAUUUCGCUAUUAGUUUACAGUGUUCCUGAUCUAAAGCGAAUACCAUUCGAAGAAGCUAUUCGACAAGAAUUUAGACCUACCCACCUAGGUGAAUGGUUUGGUCCUUCUUGGUCUACACACUGGUUCCAUGUUCGAUUGCGGAUUCCAGAAGAGUUUGUUGGUGAAGAAGUACACUUCAUUUGGAAUUCAGACAAUGAAGCCUUAAUUUGGAGUAUGGAAGGUCUGCCUCUUCAGGGUUUAACAGGUGCUGGAAACGAUGCACGACUGGAUUAUAUCUUGACAACAAGUGCGCAAGGAGGGGAAAUCAUUCAGUUUUAUGUUGAAAUGGCAUGUAACGGUAUGUUUGGUACUGGUAGUGGUUUAAUCGGUCCACCCGAUCCAAACAGGUUCUUCAAUCUACACGAACUGGAACUUGUUGUGCCUAAUAAGCUUGCCUGGGACCUUUUGCAUGAUUUUCAAGUAAUUAUUGGUAUUGGCAAAGAUUUUCCAGAGGAUUCUCUAAGAGGCUCCCAAGCCCUUUAUACAGCAAACAGGAUCAUGAACGUGUUUUCGGCUGGUGACGAUCGAUCGAUUGUCGAAGCACUAAAUAUAUCACGCGAAUUUUUAAAUGCCAAGAAUGGUGAUGCACAGCAUGAGGUAUAUGCAGUUGGACAUUGUCAUAUAGACACUGGUUGGCUAUGGCCGUUUGAAGAAACAAUUCGAAAAUGUGCUCGCAGUUGGUCAUCACAGAUCAAUCUGAUGGACAGAUACCUUGACUAUAAAUUUAUUUGUUCACAGGCACAACAAUAUGAGUGGGUCAAAGAAAAUUAUCUAUUGCUGUGGGAAAGAAUACAUGAGAAGGUAGCUAUGGGUCAAUUCGUGCCUACUGGAGGGACAUGGGUAGAGAUGGAUACCAAUAUACCUGGUGGAGAAUCACUUUGUAGACAAUUUCUUCUAGGGCAGCGAUUUUUCAAAGAGAACUUUGGAAAACGAUGUAAAAUAUUCUGGUUACCUGAUUCAUUUGGUUAUACAGCACAGAUACCUCAAUUAAUGAAACUAGCAGACAUGAAAUACUUUUUCACACAAAAGCUAUCAUGGAACAAUGUCAACAAAUUCCCUCUUACGACAUUUUGGUGGAUUGGAUUAGAUGGUACAAAAAUAUUAACACAUAUGGCACCAUCAGAAACCUAUAAUGCUCAAUGCACACCAGAAGAGCUUACGAGAAGUGUCAAAAAUCACAAGGAUAAAGUCUUUUCCAACUCGAGUCUGUUAGUGUACGGUAAUGGUGAUGGAGGAGGAGGGCCCUUGGCAAGCAUGAUAGAGAGACUACGACGGAUGAAGGAUGUGGACGGCUUACCAAAGAUUAAGAUGGCUUCAGAUAUCGAAUUUUAUGAGCAAAUCGAAAAGACAGCUAACGAAUUGCCAUUUUGGAAAGGUGAAUUGUACUUUGAGCUGCACAGAGGCAUCUAUACUACACAAUCAUUGUGUAAGAAAUUAAACCGAAGUUGUGAAUUUCUGCUUCGAGAUCUUGAGAUGCUGGCAACCUUUGCGUAUCUGAAAUACCCUGAAUCAUUCCAAUAUCCUAGAGAGACCAUCAACGAGUUUUGGAAAUUCCUAUGUCUAACUCAAUUCCAUGAUGUCAUGGGUGGCUCUGCUAUUGAAAUGGUCUAUGAUGACUGUUUGCAACUGUAUACCAAGAUUGAUGUCUUGGGAAAGCAGAUGAGAAAUGAGUAUUUGGCAAAACUACUCAACUUACAGGAGGAACCUACGUUGGAUGAUACAAAAGCCUUGGCCAUUAUCAACACACUACCUUGGGAAAGAACCGAAGUAGUGACAGUGCCUCUUAACGAAGGAUUACCAAAAUUAACACAAUAUUCUGCCUUUGGGAGAUCAGCUUAUGCACUUGUGAAUAACGUACCACCAAUGGGGUCCAAAGGCUACAGCUUUAAGGAGCAAUUAGGAUAUGAACCUGUAAAGAUCAAGAUGGAUCAGUUGAACCACAUUGUUAUCGAAAACCAGUUUAUUCAAGUCACAUUUGAUCAGUCCGGCCAUAUUGUCCGAUUAUUUGACAAACAAGUAGAGCGCGACCUGAUUAGACCAGGAGAAUGUGGCAACGAAUUCAAGAUAUAUGAAGAUAUUCCUCUCUUCUGGGAUGCGUGGGAUGUUGAAAUAUAUCAUCUGGAAAAAGCCAGAAGGGUAGACCAAGGAUCCGUGCAGAUCCUUGAGCAGGGACCCCUUCGUGUCUCACUUCUAAUCGAGAAACAGAUUUCUGAAUUUAGUCGUCUGCGGCAGAUAGUCGUACUCACUGCUGUAUCGCGUCGACUUGAUUUCGAAACUGAGGUUGACUGGAACGAAAACAGAAAGUUUAUGAAGGUCGAGUUUUCUUGGGAUAUCCUGACGGACGUAGCGACCUAUGAGUGUCAAUAUGGCUAUGUGCAGCGACCAACAAAUUACAACACGAGCUGGGACAGUGCCAAAUUUGAGGUGAUGGCUCAAAAGUUUAUGGAUCUGUCCGAAUUUGGAUAUGGCGUGGCUAUGUUGAAUGACUGUAAAUAUGGGUGUUCAGCAUUUCAGAAUUCCAUGCGGCUAUCUCUUUUGCGAUCACCCAAGGCACCAGAUUCAAAUUGUGAUUUAGGUCACCAUAUAUUCAAGUAUGCUAUUUAUCCACACCCUAAUCACUUUUUACAAUCGGACGUGGUCCAGCAAGGUUAUAAUUUUAAUGCGCCGUUGUUGGCAAGUGUGACUCCAAAGAGUAGAAUACAUGAUGUAGACCAUGCUGUUCCUCAAUUUACAAUAGAAAAUGCCCCUAAUGUGAUACUUGAUACUAUAAAAUUAGCUGAGGAUUCAAACGAUGUCAUCAUCAGACUAUACGAAGCUUAUGGUGGACAUGCCAAGGCCAGAUUAAUAAGUUCGAGAGUCAUUGAAAAAAUGAGUAAAUGUAAUAUAUUAGAAGAAGAUAUUGAAUCGAUACCUAUUAUCAAUCCAACAAAUCCUUCAAAUGUCAGUCGGACAUUCAGUAAGAAUCUUCGAGUGUUGGAUGAUGACAUUGUAGAAUUAGAGCAGCAAAGACAGAUAAAUGAAGGAACGAUCAUACGAUUUAAACCUCAUGAAAUUGUCACUCUAAAACUAUCUUUGAUUUAAUAAACUAUUAAAGAUCCGUCUUUUUUUGUAAUAU